ACAAGAUGAUAAUCUUAUGCUAUAGGCGCUGCACUAGAAGUAGCGUUGUAUUAUUUCUUUAGUCGCGUCGCAAUAACUGUAUCUUCUGCAUGUAUUUUUGUAUUAAUCACGAAAAAAUGUCGCUUUGAGAAAAAAUGCGUUUAAAGUUUAGUUGUUUUCGAUGUAACGUAGAAAAUUUUGAGACUGUAAGUAAUAGUUAGAAUCUGGGAAUUCAAUUAAAACAUAAAAUAUAAUAAGUUGAUAAAAGCCAGCACCUGAUAUGUGUGUGCAAAUUAAUUGUUUAUGUAUUAUUAAAAAUGUUUAAACGUAUUGCAACACGAACGCAAUCUAAUAUAUUAAUAUACAAUGUGCAUUGUAUCAAAUUGCAGACAUAGGUAUUUUAAAGUUCUCUCAGCAAAAGCUUUUGCAUCUAAAUAACAAAUGUAUAUGCCAAUAAUUUAAUAGACAUUUAUCAUGUAUAUGUUAUACGUAUAUUAAUAUACGAAUAAAUUAUGCAUCUGGUCCAUAACAAUUGAAUUAGUAAUUCAAUUCUAAUCGAGUACUGCUAAAGAAUGAAUCAAAUAUAUUUUUUUAUCUCAAGAUUUGACUUUCGAUCUCAGAAAAAUCGUACUUUGUUCGGUACGCCAACACAGAACCCGUUCGUCCUUCGCUGGCUUUUUCUCUGUAGCACAUUACCUGCUUGAGAAAAUAUUUUUCUUCGUUCCUUAAGGUCGGGCGAAUUCCUUCGCUCGGACAUAAAAACGGCGCGCAUAAUUGAAAAUGAAUUUGAGUAAGUGUAUCCACAUACAAACACACGCAAACACGCGCAUAUGUAGGCUUGUUACGGCAUCGAGGGCGUAUGCUGUAAGAACAGAGACGUCGCAGCUUACUUUCGUUAUCAAAUAAAUACGGGAGGAUGUACCUGACUCGUCAAGCAAAUGGCAGUCUUAACAGAACGCUAUUCGAAUUGCAUGACGAGCCAAGCGCGGAGCGCUCUAUAUGGCAAAUCCGUUAUUUUUCUUUCGCGUGUCGUGUUUGUGGAAAAUCACACGAGAACAACAAUUUUAAUUUUCAUGAGUCACGGGUUCAGAAAAAAAUUACAAAAAAAAAACGUUAAUUCUUUGCGGCAAAUGAUGAAGAAGGAAAUUCCCGUCCGGAACGCAAGAAGGAUGCAGCGCGUGGCGGUUGAUGACGAUGUCACGGAAAUUCCACGGUUAUUACCGUACUUUUCGACAUGAUUUACGACUGUAUGUCGAAACAUAUUUGCAAAUUCUAUGUUGCGCGUCUCGCUGGCUUGCGAUGAGAUAGAAAUUAUUCGUACAAUCGGACAAACAAUUUUACAAUACACAUAAUUGCCGCGGGAAAAUUAGCCAUAACGUUAGAUCGUCGAUCACGAAAAGCAUUCCGGGACGUUUUGCGAAUCAAAGUAUAUUUUUACGACAAACGGAUUAACGGGGGCAACGGUACUACUUCUUACAGUAGAGACUUAUCACUUAUACAACGUAAGGGCAACCUAUAAUCUAGAUUCUAGAAAAUUCGUUAAUAUUACACUCGCGAAGAAAGUGAGAUUGUAAGUUGCAAGAAAAUCACUCUACAUCGUGAGACAUAAUUAUACAAACUGUGUUAUGGUGUCCGAUUGCUUCAGUCGCACGUCACUGCGACGCACUUUGUGCAACGUACACACAUCCCUUCGGCAAUAAACUUUUAUGCGAUAUAAAGCAGGAAAAAAAAAUUAUCCGCGCGUCUUGUCAUUGAUUUGCGGUAAAUAUCGUAAUAACUCAAAGAAAGAAAAGGAUCAUCUUAGUUCUCUCAGUCAGGAGAUUUUGCGUCUUGCUUGAUACAUCGAGCAUCUUGAACGCAUACAAUUAGAGAUAAGCUCCCGCGCAACCGUCCGUCGCCGACACGUGUCGCGAAUGUCGACGUCAAAAUAUUACAUAUGCAUCUUUAAAAAUAAAUACGCUCGGUAUUAAUGGCCGUAGAGUCACCGCAUCGCUGCAGGUGCAGGUCGAAUCUAUUAACGCGACGGAGCGAACAAGAUUACAAGACGAGUAUCGUAUAGCUACAAACGCGUGUGAGGAACCGCAUUUUUCCGACGAGAACGAGUUCUCAGUCGCAUGCGGUCUUUUAAUGAGACGGCCACUUUUCCUUUCUGCAACGAGCGCGGGAGUUGCGAAAUUCUUCAGCGAGUCAUACCGCGGGCGCCGCCCGUCCGUUGUUUUUUCGUCAGGAUAAUGGAUUUUGUUUUUGUAGAAGUCGCGAAUCGCGAAAUCGCGGGAACGGGGGACAUUGUUCUCGGACAGGAAAGAUCGGGACCACCGCGGUGAUCCUGGCGAGAGAGGAGCAGACACCGCAAUGACAGACAAGACCGGGAGAAAGAAGUACACAUACAUCGUGUUUGUAAAACUUGACGGAUCGAAUCGGCAAAGGAAACUAGAUCGGCUGGUUUCGAAAUAAAUGUGCCAACGAAUAAAUGUCGAUCGAUUAAAAACACUAAUCCUUCUACUUUACACAGAGCACGUGAAGCUGGACGAUGCGUAAUGUUAACGAGAUAUAGUUACUCAGGAUGAUCAUUUUGAAGUACUAUUCUGCAAAACAUUGGUCAUAGGAACGCUAUAGUCUGAUAAAAUGGCGCAACUAGUACAAAUAAUUUACGAUGGUUAUCGGGACCUGAUGGACAACAAAAGCGAUCCGAGGGUCAACGAUUGGCCGAUGAUGAGCGGUCCAUUUCCCACAUUGGCGAUCUGCUUAUUCUACGCCUACUUCGUUAAGGUCUUGGGACCAAAAUUGAUGGAGAAUCGAAAACCCUUCGAUCUCAGAAGAAUAAUGAUAUGGUACAAUCUCUUUCAAGUAGUAUUCUCCACGUGGUUGUUCAACGAAAGCGUGGUCGGGGGCUGGGGAGGAAGAUAUUCCAUUAGAUGUCAACCAGUCGAUUAUUCAAAUGAUCCGAUAGCGUUGCGCAUGGCACGAGGUUGCUGGUGGUACUACAUCUCCAAGUUUAUCGAGCUCACAGACACAAUCUUCUUUGUAUUGAGAAAGAAGAAUGAUCACAUUACCACUCUCCAUGUCAUCCAUCACGGCUGCAUGCCCAUGUCCGUCUGGUUCGGAGUUAAAUUUACCCCCGGUGGCCAUAGUACAUUCUUCGGUUUUCUGAACACCUUCGUACACAUCGUUAUGUAUUCGUAUUAUCUCCUAGCUGCGCUCGGACCGCAAAUACAGCCAUACCUGUGGUGGAAGAAAUAUCUGACUACUUUGCAAAUGAUCCAGUUCAUUCUCGUAAUGAUCCAUGCAUUCCAAUUGCUUUUCAUCGAUUGCAAUUACCCGAAGGCCUUUGUCUGGUGGAUCGGCAUGCACGCCGUAAUGUUCUAUUUCCUCUUCCGUGACUUCUAUAACGAAGCGUACAAGAAGAAGAAGAAUUCGAAGAACACGCCAGACAAGCAAAAGAACGAUGAAAAGAAGCAUAACGCGCACAAAGACGAUCUCAAGGAGAACGACAACGAAAAGGGCGUGAUAUAUGCAAACCAGUACAAAAUGGCCACUGGUUACAUCUCGGACAGUGGCCUUAGAAAUCGCGUUUUCAUUAAUAAUCGGGGCUUUGAUGAAUAAUUAGAAACCUCCGAUUUAAAGAGACUUCAAUCGUGUCGAUACAUUCGACUGCGAAUUAUCGCCAUUUUUAGAGCACUUUGCCACGUUGCACCGCAGUCGCUAUCCUCGAGGUUGUAAUUGAAUAAAAGUGGUCCAAUAAAUAAAAGAUAUGAAACAUAUGAGAGGAAAGGCGAAGUUAAACGACUGCCGGAAUUUUUGAAGGUCUGAGUAGCGUUUCUCCUUGGUGCUUCGCGGCGAAGUCUUUUACGUGUAUAAAAAUUUUCUCGCGCUUUGUAUGUAUAUUAUAUGUAUGAACGGGUGUACAUAUACGAAUGUGUGUAUACUAAUUUGUGUAUGUGUGAUAUAUGUAGUUUCUCGAAAACUGAAAACAGACUGGACAAAGCGCUGUAACGAAAUUGCCAAAAUGACAAAACAUGUUAUUCUUUCCAGUUAAGAUAUCGAAACGCAUUCUUCUGUAGCUUUUUUCCGAAAGAGGUGGCUUUUAAAGGGGUGGUUUUUAUAAAUAUUUUAUAGACCGCUUAGGAUUAAUUCCGCAUUUGCUCACGUCUCCCUCUUUCAAAAUAGAGUAGUAAUGUAUCGAACUCUUGCCGCGUUUCCUAUCAAAA